CUACCCAAUGAACGCUUAGAGACAGGAGGCCACAUGAUGUGAGGGCGGAACUUUUGGCUUCCUUUUCACAGCGGCCAUGUUAGCUACUUGCUUUUGUCUGACCAGUGUGAGAGAUUUGGGAAUUGUGGGUCCACCUCGAGGUGACGGAAUUGAGAAGGUCCGAGAGGAGGGGCUGUCCCCGCGGCAUAGAGGCGGGUCUGAAGUUCGGCGACACCGCCCGGGGGCCCCGCUGCAGGCCCAGGAGAGGGCCCGCCGUGCCUGCGUCCCGCCUCUCCCGGCCCCACUCCGCCCACAGAGUCCGAUGGCGGCGGCGGCGCUGAGGAACCUGUGUCAGGGCAGUGUGACCUUUGAGGAUGUGGCCGUGUAUUUCUCCUGGGAGGAAUGGGAUCUCCUUGAUGAUGCUCAGAGAUGCCUGUACCACAACGUGAUGCUGGAGAACUUGGCACUUAUAACUUCCUUGGGUUGUUGGCAUGGAGCAGAGCAUGAAGAGGCACCUCCUGAACAGAGCAUUUCUGUACAUAGAAGGUCACAGGUCAGUACUUCCAAGGCAGGUGUGUCCACCCAAAAGGCCCAUUUUUGUGAGAUAUGCGGCCCGGACUUGGGAGACAUUUUGCACUUGACUGAGCAUCAGAGGCAGAAACUGUAUGAUACUGGGGCAUGGGAGCAGCAAUUGUAUUUCAGUGCAAAACUUCAGCACCAAAAGCAGAACAUUGGAGAGAAAUGUUUCAGAAGCAACAUGGACAGAGCCUCAUUUAUGAAAGACUGCAAAUUUUUUGUGUCAGGGAAGUCCCUUUCCCGUGGGGAGUCCACACACACCAGGGAGAAGUCAAACAAGGGAACUGAAUGUGGAGCUGCCUUUCACAGGGGGGAAACUCAUUAUAACUCUGGAGAAUGUACUGAAGACUUUAGUUGCAAACACAUGCUUUUUCAGCACCAAAGAGUCCCCACUAGAGAAAAAUUCUACAUGUGCAGCGAAUGUGGGAAAUCUUUUAGCAAAAGCUACAGCCUCAAUGACCAUUGGAGAGUUCAUACUGGGGAAAAGCCUUAUAAGUGUGGAGAAUGUGGAAAAACCUUUAGGCAAAGCUCUAGCCUCAUUCAACACCGGAGAGUUCACACUGGAGCGAGGCCUCAUGAGUGUGACGAAUGUGGAAAAUUAUUUAGCAACAAAUCCAACCUCAUUAAACAUCGGAGAAUUCAUACUGGGGAAAGGCCAUAUGAGUGUAGUGAAUGUGGGAAAUCCUUUAGCGAAAGCUCUGCACUCCUUCAACACCGGAGUGUUCACACUGGAGAAAGGCCUUAUGAGUGCAGUGAGUGUGGGAAAUUCUUUACCUACCACUCCAGUCUCAUAAAACACCAGAGAGUUCACUCUGGAUCAAGGCCCUAUGAGUGCAGUGAAUGCGGAAAAUCCUUUACUCAAAACUCUAGCCUCAUUGAACACCGUAGAGUUCAUAGUGGAGAAAGGCCUUAUAAGUGCAGCGAAUGUGGGAAAUCUUUUAGCCAGAGCUCUGCACUUCUGCAACAUCGGAGAGUUCACACUGGAGAAAGGCCUUAUGAGUGCAACGAGUGUGGGAAAUUCUUUACUUACAGCUCCAGUCUCUUGAAACACCAGAGAGUUCACACUGGAUCAAGGCCUUAUGAGUGCUGUGAAUGUGGGAAAUCCUUUACUCAAAACUCCAGCCUCAUUAAACACAGGAGAAUUCACACUGGAGAAAAGCCUUAUGAGUGCAGCGAAUGUGGGAAAUCUUUUAGCCAUAGCUCCAGCCUCAUUAAACACCGAAGAGUUCACACUGGUUAAAGGCCUGAUGAGUGCAGUGGAUGUGGGAAAUCCUUUACCCAUAGGUCCAACUUCAGUGACCACUAGAGUGUUCACAUUGGAGAAAGGCUUUACGUGCAUUUGAAUGUGGGAAAUUCAUCUCCAGGCUCCUAAAACACCAUAGUGUCACAUUGGAUGAAAGCCUUAUGAGUGUGGCAGAUGUGGAAAAUCGUUUGGCCAAAGUCUAGCCUCAAUACACUCCAGAGAAUUCGCAGUGGAGAAAGGCCUUAUACAUUCAGUGAGUGUGAGAAAGCCUUCUGCUGAAGAACUUACCUCAUUGGAUAUCACAGAUUUCAAAUGGGAGAACUAUCUUCAAUGUGCAGGCGAUAUUUCAUCGUGCUCAGCACUGUUGAGGGAAAUCUGUUCCCCAGGUCCUGCAGCGGAACUGUGUGCCCUGAUGUCCUGAAUUCUGUAGGGUAACAUCAAUGAUUUUAAGAUUAAAGGGGCCAGGGAAGUGAUAAUUGUUACAGAAACACUGGAUUAAUAGAGAUUGGAGGAGACUACAACAUAAUGGUUAGAAUGUGCCUCUUUUAAAAGGUCGCUCACUACAUUUAGUCACUAUGGUUGUGAAGGAUGAGCAGGUACAGAAAUUCUCAGGACGUCCAGAACUGUAUAUCUUGUGUAGCUGAAGGCCUUGUCAGAGAAAAUAAUCAAAACGUUUUGUGGAUUCCUGUGGCUUCUCUGGGCUGUUCACCUAAGGCCAUUGCUGUGCAAACAGGAAAACAAGGAUAGAGAGAAGAGAGAUUCUUAGUCUAGUGAUGUGGUAUUUUUGACCCAUCCAGUGUCCCUGUUGAAUGAAGUGGAAAUAGUCUUUGUUUCCACUUCAAAAAUUUCUCACCUAUUUUUUUUUUUAGUAUUUAUUUAUUUAUUUAUUUUUGGCUGUGUUGGGUCUUCGUUUCUGUGCGAGGGCUUUCUCUAGUUGUGGCAAGCGGGGGCCACUCUUCAUCGCGGUGCAUGGGCCUCUCACUAUUGCGGCCUCUCUUAUUGAGGAGCACAAGCUCCAGACGCACAGGCUCUGUAGUUGUGGCUCACGGGCCUAGUUGCUCCGCGGCAUGUGGGAUCUUCCCAGACCAGGGCUCGAACCCGUGUCCCCUGCAUUGGCAGGCAGAUUCUCAACCACUGCGCCACCAGGGAAGCCCUCACCUAUUUUUGCUGCCACUGAGGCAAGUGCUGAACCUGCCCAUUGAGUCAGUAUGGUUGUCAAAACUGAUUUUCUAGAGUAGGAAAUCCAGAAUUUUAAGUUGAAUCAUAUUUUUAAAGUUUUAAUAAGGUAUAAAUUAUAUGCAGUAAAUGUCCAUAUUUAAACUAUACAAUUUGAUAAUUUUUGAUAUGUAUAUAAAUCCAUGAAACCAUCAAUCAUGAUAAUAAACAUUUCUGUCACCCCCAUACUUACCUUUAAUAAUCCUUUAAUAAUCUCUUUGGCCUCCAAGCAGCCGUUGAUUUGCUUUUCGUUAUUACAAAUUAGUUUGCAUUUUCUAGAAUUUUAUAUGAUUGAAAUCAUACAGUGUUUAGUCUUUUUUUUCCUUGGAUGCCCUCAUGUGGCAUAUAUAUUUUGCAGUUCAUGGUACUUACAUGAGUAGUUCAUCAUUUUUAUGUUAUUGAAA